AUGUGUGAUUUGCAGAAGAAAAAAAAAUUUGAUGAAAUAAUUGAUGAUGAUGAUAUAGUAAAAUCUGCUGAACAAUCAUUUCGGAUUGAUUAUUUUCUUUUCAUGAUUGAUCAAAUUAUUUGUUCACUUAGAAAUAGAUUUGAACAAUUUCAAGUGUAUGCAAAAAAUUUUGGACUUUUAUUCAAUUUGAAGAAACUAAAAGCAUUGAAUGAAGAUGCUUUAAAAUAUCAUUCUUUAAAUCUCGAAAAUGUUUUAAAAUAUAAUAGAUUUUAUGAUAUUGAUGGUUUAGAUUUGUUUUCGGAAUUAAAAGUGUUGAGAGUAAUUUUUCCAAAUGGAAAUAGAAAUUCAAUUGAAAUACUUGAUUACAUAAAAAAUAUUGAUUCAUUUCCAAAUGCAUACAUUGCUUAUAGAAUAUUGCUAGUUAUUCCUGUAACAGUUGCUUUAGAUGAGAGAAGUUUUUCAAAAUUGAAAUUGAUAAAGUCUUAUUUAAGAUCAACUAUGUUGCAAGAACAAUUGAGUGGAUUGACAAUGUUAUCUAUUAAGCAUAAUUUGCUAGAUAAAGUUGAAUACAAUGAUUUGAUUAACAAAUUUGCAUCCCAAAAAGCAAGAAAGAUAAAUUUUUAA